AUGACCGAGCCCGCCCUCAACACGUCUGCCUCGUCUUCAACGGCGCCGAUCAGCGAGUCCAACCCGGGCAAGCUCGUAUCAGCCGCUGCCCUGGCUAAGCCAUUCAUUGACUCGAUCACGGAACAGAUCACGCAGAGGGUUAAAGAUGGCAAGUCUAGACCUCGCCUGGUGGGCAUUUUGGCUACCCCUUCGCCGCCGAGUAUCGCCUAUGCCGAGUGGACUAAGAAGGCUUGCGAGAGCGUAGGCAUGGAAUUUGACAUCUGGAGGACAUGGGACCAAGCGCCUGGUGAGGAGCCGCCAAGCGAGGACGACAAGAAGCCCGGACUCGAAGACGAUGUCGAGGACCUCAUCAUUGCAGCAAAUGCGGAUCCCUCCGUAGACGGCAUCAUGGUCUACUUCCCCGUCUUCGGCGGACGCCAGGACACGUACCUCUCGCAAAUCAUCAAGCCAAGCAAGGACGUCGAAGGUCUCUCCUUCUCCUUUGCCUGGAACCUUUACCACAAUGUACGAUGGAUCGCUCCUAGCCAGCUCGGAGGAGCGCCGGGCAGUACGGCAGAGGGCAAUCCUGCGAAUGGUGGAGCGCACGACCACUCCCUCGGCACCGAUGACGUUGUUCCCUCGGGUAUGGUCAAGGGCAUCCUCCCCUGCACUCCGCUGGGUAUCGUCAAGUGUCUGGAGGCGAUGCAGGUGUACGAUCGAUCGCUGCCCUACGGUGACAGGUUGCGCGGCAAGACCAUCACCGUCAUCAACCGCUCCGAAGUCGUCGGCCGCCCGCUGGCUGCCCUCCUUGCGAAUGACGGUGCACGCGUCUUCUCGGUAGACUUGGGGUCGACGCAAGAGUUCAGCAAGCGCGCCUACACGACGAGCUCGGAGGAGGACAAGGAGAACGAGGACGAUCGCGAAGCCUCGCAAGCCGUCAAGGAAGCACGACGCCGAAAUGCAGCACAGCGUCUUCGCCCGCACCACAUCGUCCGUCCUCUCCCCUCCUCUAGCACCAGCCUUGAAUCCUGCCUUGCCCAAUCAGACGUGGUCAUCUCUGGUGUCCCCUCAGCAAACUUCAAAGUGCCCACCUCGCAAAUUCGUCAAGGCGCAACGUGCGUCAACUUUUCUUCGGAGAAGAACUUCGAAAAGGACGUGAGGACCAAGGCGGGCAUGUACUUGCCGAGCGUAGGGAAGAUGACUUGCACCAUGUUGCAGCGCAACCUAUUGAGGCUGGUUGAGGCUAAGGGAAUGGUAGAGGAUGGAAGUGGCAGAUAG